GUGUCCUCUUCUGAUGUCCUGGUAGGAACACGUUGUGUUCACAAUGAAGGCUAUCAAUGUGUCAUUUUCUUGUAUUUUCUUAUUUGCAUUCGUGAAGGCUCAAAAUUUCAACUUAACUUCAUCUCCAAACACUAAGGUUAUUAUUUUUGUCCAAGAAUGGAUAAGAGAAACAAAAGAAUUGAAUGAACUUAAUUUGCCCCCUUUAAUUUCCUUUGGCGAUAAAGAUUUCAGUAAUUUGAGUGAAGUUUACGAAAAAGUUAUAAAGCCUAUCUUUGAUAGUAAUGAAUAUCAAGAAGGUCAUACUUUGACUAAUAAGAAUUCUGAGGAAGAAAAUAAUUAUAAAGUAAAUAUCAAAGAAAAUGUUACUACAUCUGAUAGAACUGACACAGAUAAUUUAGACAAUAAAACUAUCAAAAGCGAAACAAGCCAAAGGACAUGUACAGAAAAAAAUGAACGAUAUCCGAUUCCAGAAAGCUGUGAUAGUUACCUUGAAUGCAAAAAUGGCAUUGCAGAGAAAAAGCAAUGUCCAGAUGGAUUGCGCUACAAACACAACAUAACAUCAAAUCCACCUUGUGUAUAUCCGGCUGAUGUCCAAUGUAAUCCAGGCUCCACAUUACAACCACCAAAUCCGACGGAAUAUUGUCCUAAUCAAAAUGGAUACUUCAAGACCGUAGACCGCUAUAACUGUAGCAGUUAUAGAAUAUGUGUAAAUGGCGUCGGUUAUGAGUACAAGUGUCCUGACGGUCUCGCUUUCAGUUCAUCAACUUAUCGAUGCGAAUGGCCUGACACGGUGCCUCAAUGUGACGCAGAGGGAUUAUUUAAUUUUCGAUGUCCUAAGCAGCUUCACAGCUCAACGAAUUUGAAUACUCCAAGAAGCUACAGAUCUCGUACGAGUUGCACCACAUAUUACACGUGUAUUAACGGUAGACCACGACGUUUCGAAUGUAAUGAAUUAUUUGGUUUCGACGAAUCAAAUCAAACCUGCGUUCCGGCCUUUAAGGUGUCAGAAUGUUCGGAAUCUCAGAGAAAUUUAGCCCGCCGAAAUAUCAAGCAAAAUGUAAAUGGCGAAUACGUUGUACGCGAUCUUAUUGAUUAUGAUAAUUAUUUUGAUAGUAGAGCGGUGCCUAUUAAUUUCUUUCCAAGAAUGAAAAAACCUGAAAUUAUUUAUUAACAUAAUAAGGAUGCAGAAUAUGUUAAUCCAAAAACAUAAAAUGAAAUAC